AUGUUUUACUCUAAAGAAAUAUUAACACGUAAAAAAGGUGGCUUUGGAAUUAUUUGGUUGGCGGCUACUUUAGGAUCUCGUUCUAGUCUUAGGAAAUUAUCAAAAAAAGAAGUUAAUUCUGUAAAUUUAGUAAAGGCAUGUGAAUAUGUUACUUCUCCACCAGAACCAUUAGCCCUUCGUUUAACUUCCAACCUUAUGAUUGGAAUAUCAAGAGUUUAUAAUCAACAAUAUCAUUUUUAUUAUGCUUUAAUUGAAUUACAGAGUGAGUCUGUAGAUAUGGUCGUACCACAAGCAAGGCCUGAAGCGAUUACUUUAGAAGAUGAUCCAUUUUUCGAAAUUCAAAUGACUUUUUCACAUAAACCACAAGAUUUUAGUGUGGUUCCUGAUAUUGAAGAGACUAUCAACGGAACACAGCAGUCGCCUAUUGUCUCAACACAUCCUCCCGCUAGAGCAUCUGGAUCAUCAAAUAUUACGCGUCAAUCAUUAAUUACACUUCCAGAAGUCAGUGAUGUGGAUCUUUCGGUUUCUUCUAUUAGUGGUUUUAGCGGGGGAUUUGAUGCCGGAUUUGGAAUGAAUGAUGAUUUACUUAUGAUGGAUGAUGGCGGAAUUAGAAUUGACUUUGAUGAAGAAGGUGGUCUGCAUGAAUUUGAACUUCGAUCUGAUGGGCGGGGUGAGAAUCAACAACAAAAUGGUCGUGAUCCUUUAAAUUCGGAUAUGAAUGAAAUCAUGAAAAGGGUUAGAGAAGAACAUGACGCUGGCCUUCAAGAAAAUAAAAAAGAAAAGAGGCGGAUACGUCAAAAGGAACCUGAUACAGGAGAUCAAGAUUUGUAUAAUCAACAGAAUGAUGAACAAGCUGCAGACGUUCAAAUGGACUUAGAGAGAGAAAGCGUGCAAGAAGCUCUACAACAAACAACUCAUGACGAUCAAGAAGUACAACAAACAAUUCACGACGACGAUCAAGAAGUGUUACAACAACUAAUUAAUGACGAUCAACAGGCACCAGAUCCUGAAACCAAUGCUAGACAAUCUUCAGUUGAACCAAGGCGACAAAAAAGACGACGACUUUAUUAUAUGUAUGAUGAAAAUACUGAAAUGACUAAUGAACAAAUAAUUGCUAUGCGAGAUGGUAUUGUAAAUGAUUUAGAAGAGGGUGAAAGAAUUGCAAAAGAUAAAGCAAAGAUGCAAGAAUAUAAAGAUCUAUGGAGACAAGCCCUUUAUACACCAGGCCUACCACGCAAGGCCUCACAGCUCUCGACAUUUUGGAGCAUGCAUUGUGCACCAAUGCUUCAAGAUGACAUUGUUAAACAAAGGAGAGCUCAGCCAGCUCUUAUACCUCAAUAUACUAAUCUAGAUGAAUUUGACGAUUUAUAUGCUGACGUUGAGGACAUCGGCAUUGGUGGAUCACGCCAGCGUGAAAGAGAUGGCAGUUUACAAGAUAUUGAACUUGAACGCUUAAGAAAAGCUGGCAGUCAAAGCAAUUCUGCAAUUACGGGGUUAAACAGUACUGGCACAGAAGUUCCAGAUCUGUUGGAUUUUGAUGUCACUUCAUCAGCAGGAAACAUAAGUCGCGAUAUUUUGGAAUUUUCGGGACAACUUGGAAGUGUUGGUCACCAAAGACCAAGUUCCAUAGGAUUGCAGAGACCAUCCAUUUCCAUGUCAGAAAACUUUCCUCCUUUUGAUGAUAAUAUUGAAAUUCCGGAUUUUCAAAUAUUUGGAGAAUUGGAGGAAUAUAGUUCAAUGAGUGGUUCAUCUGCCAGAGGAAGACAUCGUGAUUCAGAUUUAAAGUCUAAUAUAAAUAGCAAAAAUGAACAAUUAAAUUUUCUGGAAUUUAUAAAAGAUUUGAUGCAAAAAGCUGAAGUAUCAAGCGCUAUAUUUCAAGAUAUUAUGAUAGCUCAGCAUGUUAAACGUGCCGAAACAGCUAAAGCCUUUUAUAAUAUUUUAGGCCUCGCAACAAAAAAUCUAAUUAAAGUCAAACAAGUUCAACCAUAUAGUGAUAUUUUAAUUGAACUUAGAGAGUAA